AUGUCUUCAGAUUAUGGAUCUGAUAGUGACUUGUUUGAGUUAUACCCCAUGUUGGGUAUGCAUCAAGGCUCUCAUACAUGCCCAAAUAAUGAUGCCCGCAUUAUGAAUAACCAUGUGAAGAUUGUAGGGGAAGAAGAAUUUGGAGAUAUUGAUGACGUCGAAAUGUUGGAAGCUAUAACUUACUUGGAAAAGCACACCACAUCAGAGUUAGUCAAAGACAAGUGGGAUAGUGAUUCGGAUAUGGACGGUGCUUCCAUUUUCGAUGACUAUCCCACGACUGAAAAUCAAGCUAAUAACGAGAAAGAAAAUAUUCAAAAUGGAUCUAGGGAGCAAUUUCUGCACCUCCAUUCACUUCCAGUCACAUCUCACAAGCCAGUCACUCAAGAAAAACUAUCUACAGAUGAUAAAAUUCAAUCUCAAAAUCAAUCUUUAUCUAUACCUAAUAAAGAUUCUCAUGUGUCAGAGAUCUGCCCAUUGGAGGAGCUUCCAACGAGCCCUGAACCAGGGAUUGUUAUUGAAAAUUUCUCUACGCCUUCUGACGUCAAAUUUACCCUUAAUGAUUAUUCGCAGGACCAAGAGGUAUUUGAUCCGGACUUACAAAGAUCUACGCCGCCGGAGAAUUUUGUGGGAGUAAGUAAAUGUUUUCAGAAUACUACCAGUGAUACCUGUGCCAGCGAGGCCAAAAUGAGGGAAUCUUGUGAAAAUUUAGAUAUAUUAGGUGAAAUUAAUGAUAUCGAGGAACUUGUAUCCGGGUUGGAUACGAUCUCUUAUGAAGAGAAUGAAGAGAUACCGGAUGGUGCGGUUGGUGUGGUUGGGCCCGAAAACGAGAGUACCAAAGGAAAAGGCGAUGAAGAUGCGGAUGUGGAUGUGGUAGGAAUAGAGAAAGAGAUCGAAAUUAAGGGGAAUUUAGAAGAAGAAGGUGAUGAUGAGGAUGAGAGUGAGGAAAGUACACUAUAUAUGAGCAAAAAAAGAAAAGCUCAAAGGAAGACCAAGCCGGCAAAAGCUACGCGGGAGCGGAAGCCUCUAAAGAAGAGAAAAGUCCGUGUAGUGGACCCUUCACAGCUGAAACUAUCUGACUAUAUUGGUUUCUCCAAGCCACCUUCUAUUAGGCCCAGGUACGAUGAAGAAGGGAAUCUUAACCCUUUUGUAAGGCCAGCGUUUCUUCCAAUGGUCCCUGAAGAACCAUGGUACCAGGAAUAA